AUGAUUGAAGAGAUAAGAAACCAGCUAAACAUUGCACUUGAAGAGUAUAGAAAGGCUGAGGAGAAGUUGAAGGCGUUUGAAGAGGGGAAAAAACAGGUGAGGUUAGACGAUUUGGAGGAUAAGUUGUAUAAAGAAAAAUGGAGGAACGGAGACCAGAAGAAGGCACCCUCAGCUCUUAUAAACUUUUGGAUUUCUUUAAACGAUUCAUCUAGCAAUGACCAAGUUCUUUCUCUUCCAUCUGGUGUCCAUUUUCUUGGGGAUUCACUUUUGUAUCCAACCAAGCUCAUAAUUCGACAAGCAUAUAAUGAUCUAUGGAAUAAUAUUAAUUCUUCUGUUGAAUCUGGCAUCUUUCGACGUUAUACCAUUACUGGAAACCCUGGUAUUGGAAAGAGUUAUUUUCUAUUCUAUUUGCUAUACAUCCUUCGAUGUAAAGGUGCUACUGUGGUUUUUGACAGACAGAUUGAUAAAAAAUAUAUUAUCUUUACUGGUGAAAAUGUAUACAUAACAUUUUAUGAUGAUAUGGUUGAAUCUUUUUUGAAUAAUCCUACAACUUGGUAUCUUGUUGAUACAAAACCACCACCUUAUGUCCAUGCCAUUACUAUCCUCGUCUGUUCUCCAAAUAAAGCAUAUUACAAAGAAUUUCGCAAAAUGUUAAAGUCAACAAUAAGGUACAUGCCUAUUUGGAGUUGGAAUGAAAUUGUAAAAUGUCGAAAUCUACUUUAUACAGACAUUAUUGAUAGUGAGUUGAUAAAAUAUUACAAUCAUUGGGGUGGUAUUCCAAGAUUUGUAUUGGAGAAAGCUGGAGAUCCAUCACAGGAUCUGUUGUUAGAACAAGCAAUAGUAAGCAUUAGUUUGGAAAAAUGCUUACAAAGUGUUGGUGAACUUGAUACCAGUGAGGAAGAAAGCAUUACAAGUUCAUUCCGUGGACAAUUGUUUGAGGGAUAUGUUCACAAUCUAUUACGAAAUGGAGGAGAAUUUAAUAUUAGAAAUCUUAAUGAUAAUAAUAUUGUUUAUUCUAAAAUCCAAUUAACAAAACGAAAUCUGAAAUCCUUUCAAAGUUUAUCUGAAAUUGAUUUUACUGUUGAUGAUUAUUGGAGACCAAUAGCAAAGAAUUUCCCAUCAUUUGAUUCUCUGAUACCUUCUGUUGGAUUAUUUCAAAUUACAAUAGCAUUAAAUCAUAAUAUCAAAAUAGCUGCAUUAAAAGAAUAUGAUAAAGUUAUUGGUAAUAAGAAUUCUAAUAUAUUUUUUGUUGUUCCUAGCAGUAUAUUUAACAAAUUUAUUAAACAGAAGUAUUGUAUAGAAAAUGGAAAAAUAGCCGAGAAUAUCCCUUUGUGGAUUCAAAAUUUAUAA